AUGAGUCUUUUGGCGAAUGGAAAUAUCAAGAGUGCUGAUAGGAAAGAAGGAAGAUUGACGGAGGAUCCGGAACCUAUAGGAAGGUUAAAUUGGUUGAUACAUUUAAUCCACGUGCGAGGAGACGCCGUAUCCUGCAAGGAUUUAAUACGGAAUGAGAUAGAUGCCAGCCAGGGCAAAAAUGAGUUUGCACACUACAAGAAAGCGAUUAUCCUGCGGGAAGAAGGCAAAGUGCAGGAAUCCCUAGAGGCCUUUCAGAUUUGUCACAAGUUAGAUAUGGAGGACGUCGACAAUUUAAAAGAAAUUGGGAAGUGUCUAUUUAUGCUAAGAAGGUAUCGAUUAGCGCUAGAAGCGUAUUCCGAGGCCGAAAAAGUUGCGUCCAAAUCGGAUUGGGAGAUUUAUCAUAAAAUCGCCGAAUGUUACAUGCAGCUAAAUGACAUCAACAUGGCCAAAGAAAAUGCUAACAAAGCUAUUAAACUGAGUCACCAGGAAAAUGUUUUUUCUCUUUUCAUUCAAAUACUCUGCGCCGAAGGUAACUUUAACGGUGCCAUCGAUGUUUGCAACAAGGCUGUAGCAUCAUGUCCAGAUAGUGUGAAUGUAUUGACCAAAUCAGGAUUGCUGUAUCUGAAAGUCGGGAUUAACCAGCACGCAUUCGAGAGAUUAAGUUCUGCUCUCGCUCUCGACCCACUAAACCCAAGAGCUCUCCUUGGGAUUGGAUGUAUCACACAAAAUCACGCAGAGUACGAUGUAGCUUUAUCAAAAUAUAAAAUUGCCGUCCAAAGCGAUACGGAAUCAGUGGCUUUGUGGAACAAUAUUGGCCUCUGUUUCUAUUCCAAACAGAAAUAUAUAGCAGCGGUUACUUGUUUGAAGAGAGCAUUGUGGUUAUCUCCGAUGAAUUGGAAAGUUCUUCUGAAUUUAGGGUUACUUCACUUGGCAACAAGUCAGCCUGCGUCUGCGUUUAAUUUUCUUUGCUCGGCGGUAAACCUAAGGCCCGAUUUGGGAUUACCUUUCAUGAUUCUGGCUUGCGCUUUGCUUGAAUUAAACGACACGGAAAACGCCCUAAGGGCAAUGCGACAAGCUAUAGCCCUUAACGGAGACGAGCCUUUGAUUUUAGCAAACACCUGUCUAUGUUUACUGCUGGCAGGACACAGGGAGGCUGCAAAGGAAAUCAUGAAUCAGAUCAAGGAAAAUGAGGAAAUCAACAAUUCAGAGCUGAACGCUCUGCUUAAGAAUCUCGAUAUAACCUUGGACGGCGACGAACACACUGAACUAUUGGUAACUAAUAGUGGCAAUGAAAUAAUUGAUUCAACUGAAAAUUUCGAUGGCGACGAGGAUUUAGUAUAA